AUGGCAGCUGUAGGCAGGGCAGCUGUGUGGUUUAUUUUACAGUACAUGUCGGGAUUUGGAAAUGAACAUGCUUCUGAGGAUCCACGCUGUCCAGGAGCUUUACCGGAGGGACAGAACAACCCCCAGGUCUGCCCGUACGGCCUGUACGCGGAACAGCUCUCGGGCUCCGCCUUCACCUGUCCCCGGCCCACCAACAAGCGCAGCUGGCUGUAUCGAAUCCUACCUUCAGUCUGCCACAAACCCUUCAAACCUCUCGAGGAGGGCCACUUGACACACGACUGGGAUGAAAUUGAGCCUGACCCCAACCAGCUGCGAUGGAAACCUUUUGAGAUUCCAAAAGUCCCUCAGAAGAAGAUGGACUUUGUGAACGGACUGCACACCUUGUGUGGCGCUGGUGAGCCCAGAGGACGCAAUGGCAUCGCUGUCCAUAUUUUUGUCUGCAACACCUCCAUGAUCGACAGAUGCCUUUAUAAUUCAGAUGGCGACUUCCUGAUUGUGCCCCAGCAAGGGAAACUGCUCAUCACAACUGAGUUUGGGAAGAUGCUAGUGGAGCCCAAUGAAAUCUGUGUCAUCCAGCAAGGAAUGCGUUUCAGCGUGGAGGUGUUUGGAGAGACUAGAGGCUACAUCCUGGAGGUGUAUGGGGCACACUUCGAGCUGCCUGACCUGGGACCCAUUGGAGCCAAUGGCCUGGCCAACCCACGUGACUUCUUGGUGCCCGUGGCGUGGUACGAGGACCGCCAAGUGCCAGGGGGCUACACAGUGAUCAGCAAGUACCAGGGCAAGCUGUUUGCAGCCCAGCAGGAUUACUCCCCCUACAAUGUUGUAGCUUGGCAUGGGAACUACACACCGUACAAAUACCACCUGGAAAAAUUCAUGGUCAUUAAUGCUGUUGCUUUUGACCACGCGGACCCUUCCAUCUUCACUGUCCUGACAGCCAAGACGACCCGUGCUGGAGUGGCCCUCGCCGACUUUGUCAUAUUCCCCCCGCGAUGGGGGGUGGCAAACAACACCUUCCGUCCACCCUACUACCACCGGAACUGUAUGAGCGAGUUCAUGGGGCUCAUCAAAGGCCACUACGAAGCGAAGGAGGAAGGUUUCCAGCCAGGAGGUGGCAGCCUGCACAGCAUGAUGACCCCUCACGGGCCAGACGCUGACUGCUUCGAGAAGGCGAGCAAAGCCAAGCUGGAGCCGGAGCGGGUUGCAGAUGGGACCAUGGCCUUCAUGUUUGAAUCAUCCCUCAGCCUUGCUGUCACCAAAUGGGGCCUCCAGACCUCAAAUCGCCUAGACAAAAACUACUACAAGUGCUGGGAACCUCUGAAAAGUCAUUUCAACCCUAAAUGCAAGUAAAGGGAAGUGCUUGCUGCAUGCAACAUGAGUGAAGGCAGGGAAAUCCAGCAUACCUGUGUGUCAUGGCACAGUCAACUCGGGCAGUGCAGAAUGCUCCAGCACAGAACAGCACUUCCACCAGCAAUGAAAAGGAUCAUCCCUAAGUAACGUGGGAAGUGCAGUAAAACCCAUCAUUAUUCUUAACUUUCAAGUAUCCAAUUAAAGCUUUCCUGGUGACAUGCUGAAGCUGACGUACU